AUGAUGGCGGAUCUAAGUUACAGCACCCUCCUAUCGACCCUUCUCAUCGGCUUCCUGGUCUCCACCGCUGCACACAUCCCUUCCCAAUUGACACUCUUCUCGAACCAGUUCGACUACAAUAACCGGAAUAAUACCUCCUCAUCCUCCUCGACAAUCCAUCUCUCCGAAGCCGAAUCCAACUACCUGGCAGCCACCCAUGCCCGAGAAUUGAUCCAUUACAGGUCUGAAGGGAUUGGGACGUUGAUCAGCAAUUAUCCCGAUAAUCACCCUGAUCCGUUCCUGAGAGGGCUGCCAAUCGGGCUACAAGAAUAUUUCGCGCCUUACCCCAAUGGAGACCUCGUCUUACUCGUGCUGCCGAUCUCGCCGAUCUACGGGAACGUAUUGCAACGCAAGGAGAACUCGACCAUGGGUCUGACGCUGGCCAUCAAUGACGAGCUAGGAACGGUGCAGAGGAAGAACGCGAUCUGGGCGGCGAACCGGCGCCGAGUGAGUGUCUUUGGCGAGCUGGAGAUGCUAGAAGAGGAGGCGGAGCAGAAGGAAGCCAAGGCGCUAUACGAGAAGGUCCAUCCGGACAGCACCCUCUGGGACGGCCACGGCGGCCCGCACGCGUCCUUCUGGGCCCGGCUCGUCGUCCGCAAGGUGUACUACUUCGGCGGCUUCGGCGAUCGCGCUGCCAUCGGCUGGCUCGACCUAGACUUCUACCGCGCCGGCCUCGAGGACUCCCCAGAGACCCGUCGACAGGCUGUCUGCUUCCAUCCCGCGGGCAUCAACCUCUACUGCGAACAGCCCAUCGAUACAGACACUCGGCCCGAACUCCAGGCCCUCACAGCUAUCUCUGAACAACCCGAUCUCUUUCAACUCGCCCCUCAAGUCAUCGAGAAGCACUCUCAUCAUCACCAUCACCACCAUCACGUCUCACACCACCACCAUCAUCAUCACCAUUUUCACAACUCGCAAGGUAACCAGUCUUCUUUGCUUAUCGACUCAAAGAAACACGAAAAUGAAAACUAUCCUCGAAUUUCCGAAGAAGAUUAUACUUCUACUACCACUAUCGACGAGGACUCAACCAUGUAA